UGAGAGCGACGCUGGGAAAUCCAAAACAGAACAGCCGAUAGAUAACAACAGAGCGAAAAGCGAGAGAACUUUUACUGAAACAACGCAGCAAUGUCAGUAAACGACCAUUGUCGUUUGUGCAAAGAAAAUCUGCGAAUAAAAGUCUACAUUGCGAACAGCAAAAAAAUAUUUCAGAAUGACGCCAACGAAAAAAGCAUCUACGAACGUCUGACAGAACUUGGAUUGAAAUUGGUGAACGUUCCGGAGAGACCGUGUCGAAUAUGCUUACGGUGCUUUCGCUUGAUAGGGAAACUCGAACACACCCUGGCCACUUUUAAAAGAUGGCAAAAAGCUGAAGAGGAACCCAGUUCUGAACAGUCUUCGACGACAGCGACAUCAGAGAGUGCAAAGAUGUCUGUCGCACAUAAACAGGACAGGGUGCUGACUCCAUCGAAAUGGUGUCCCCAUCGUCCAACAUCUCCCCCAGCUCUUAAACUACCGAGGCCAACAAGUGAAACUAGAGCACGACAAAGUGUUACUGAGGUGAUUGUCUAUUAUCCCUCCAAGCCAAAGGGUGAGAGGAUAACCUGUCAAGAAGACCACACCGCAAGCAUAGUGGAAGCUAUAGCAAGGAACAACUGGAAUGGGGCUGCCAAACAGAUCACAAGACACAAAGAAUUAAUUGGGCCGAUCGGUGAAAACAUCCUGGGCAUCAUAGAGGACGAGUGCCAGAAGAUAUGCAGUCCCUUCUCUGAUUUCAUGCUGUCCAAAUCAUCACCUGAAGAUUUGAAGGCAUUUUCCUUGGAAAGACUGCAAGCUGAUCUUCAGCGUGUGUCGCCGUUUUUGUUUUCAAUCUUUUUGUGCAUCACUAAACACUCCGCUAACAUUGCUUGUGCUGCAGCAGCUGUAGCUUUAAGAGGCAGACAACCCCGUUUGACUGCCUUCGCAUACUAUGUGAAUAGUGUCCUACAGUAUUCUGGGGUGAAGAAGGCAGCCUUCAAAAAGCUUUGCAAAUUAGGCAUAACCACUUCAUACUCCAAUGCUAUUAGAAAACAAACGGAACUGGCAAAUACAUGCGGAGAGGAUUUUCAAGGACUAAAAGUAGCCGAUGACAUAUUCCUCAAGGAACAUGAAGACACAGGCACAGCCAAUGGUGGAUCUGUUCCAGGGAGUGAGAAUAAAGAUGCUGAAGGAGCUACCACAUCAAGUAAAGAACAUGAAGACACAGGCACAGCCAAUGGUGGAUCUGUUCCAGGGAGUGAGAAUAAAGAUGCUGAAGGAGCUACCACAUCAAGUAAAGAACAUGAAGACACAGGCACAGCCAAUGGUGGAUCUGUUCCAGGGAGUGAGAAUAAAGAUGCUGAAGGAGCUACCACAGCAAGUGAAGAACAUGAAGACACAGGCACAGCCAAUGGUGGAUCUGUUCCAGGGAGUGAGAAUAAAGAUGCUGAAGGAGCUACCACAUCAAGUAAACAUCCUACACAUUUUGAUGCCCCCCCUGACCCAGGAUCAUACCUACAGGGUGGAUCCUAUAAAUGCCCCUGCUGCAAGUACACUUGCAAGCAUUUGUACCAGAUGCAGUACCACAUGGAUAAUCACAUGAAGCUUGCAGCGCAGCAUAAAGGACUCUUCAUCUGCAAAUGCAGCAAAGCUUGUAGGAAGGUGUCACAUUUUCAUUGUCUUCAUUGUAACGCCACAAUAAUUAGAAAGGAUCAGCUCGAACCACAUUUAAGUGGUCAUCUGUCUCCGCUCUCCACUGCUGGCCCUGUCCUGCAGCCUCCAGCCUCCACUGCUGGCCCUGUAGGGGGCGUCGACUUACAGAUGAAUGAGAGACUUACAACAGAUGACCACCCUGUCAAUUGUGUUGAAAUACCUGCCCAAACAAAGGGAGAUCUCUGUGAAAGUCCCCCAGCAAAACGCAAACUGGUUGAUGCCGAAUUUCUCAUGGAGUGCGUAGAGGAAGAAUUGGAACCAUGGCAACAGAUACUCAUGGAGAACAACCCUGAAAGUGAUGGGUCAUCGAAGAGAAUCAGAACUGCAAAGAAAGCUACCGGAAAGCCUGCAGUGGUGACUCGACUCCUUGCCCCUGCUCCUGCCCCAGCUCCACUGGCAUCCAGUCACAUGGUGAUCUCAGGCCAGGCUUUAUCUGGCAACAUCAGCAGCAAAGACACUGUGGUGCCAUUGUUCACCAACACAUCAUCUGUCCUGACCCCCAUGGCUUCAGUACCGGUCACAGCUCUGCCUUCAGGUUUCCUGCUGGUACUUCCUGUUACAUCCUCAAACUGAAACCACUUGAGCUAGGUAGUUUUCAUUCUCAGACCAGACUGACUUUCCUGUCCACAAGUACUGCAGGCGGGGACACGGCUAAAGAUGAAACCGUUGACGAACAACUGCAAGCAUGGACAGGAUGGACACAAUACCCUGAUGCAUGUUAAAGCAUUGUGGGAAAGAAGCAGGCCAAGGUAAUGGACAUCAGUCACAACAGCGCCACCUGAAGACGGAGAAGUACAUCACUGUUGGGAAAACAGACUACGGACACUCUCUUUUGAAACUCAGAUAAUGAUGUCAAGAAAAUAAAGAGACAUCUUUCUGAAAGAUAUUGAGGAGAUAGAUAUGUUCAAUAAAAGUGAUAGUUAUUUUCUUAAUGUA